CGCACUUUUGGAUUGAAGCUUUUAUUUUCAGUUCAAUAUGGCGCUGUACGGGAGAAAGGUACUCUCUGUUGGACGCUGUGCACUUAGCUUGCUGAGGCCUGCCAUGACAACGCGUCAGAUUCUCACCAGGGUGCCGUCAUUAGUCAGGAGGAACUGGAUUUCACUCGGGAUCUCUGGUGGCCUGUGUGCUGUUCCCUUUGUACAGGACAAGGUGUCCCAUGAAGCCUUGAUCCGUAGAGCCUCAUCUCUGGUGACGGACAGUGCUAAUACUUUUCUAUCUCAAACCACACUGGCACUAGUGGACUCCAUCACUCAAUAUACAAAGACAGUCCACACACUUAUAUCUCUACACAAGCGCUAUGUGGCAAGCAUCAACAAACUGAGUCCUGCAGAUGAGGACACGGUGUGGCAGGUGAUAGUUCGCCAGCGUGAGAAGCUCAUCAAAUGUAGAGAAGACUGCAAACAGUUUGAACAAAACUGGAUGACUGCAGUUAAUCUGUCCAAGCUAGCAGUUGAAGUGGCUUUUAACUCUGGAGCAGAUGCGGCGUCAGCCACGGCACAGACUAACCUGCAGAUAGCAGAAACUCAUGUGGAGCAGGCUCGACGGCGAUUCCUUGAGGCAGAACAAGAACUAAAUGACAGCAAAGCGGAAGACAGCCCGAGGCUACAGAGCACUUCACCUGCAGUGGCAGGGAACGAGGAAGAAAUUCCAGAUGCUUAUCUGAGAGAAGACUAGAGAUUUUAUAAAGACACAUGCAGCUCUUCAUCUCCACUCUGAGAGGCUUUUGUAUGUGUGUUGUUUUUUUUUAUAAUAACUUUCCAAUGAGAAAUUAAAUUACAUGCAGCACAUGGGCGAGAGAAACUACAACAAAAAGCACAGCAAUUCUUUAUAUGUUAUAUAUUUUGAUUAGUAUGUAUUUACACUGUUUUGGAAAAAAAAAAUUGUGCAGAUUAGUCUGUUUUGUUUAAGGUACGGUUUGUACUGAUAAUAUUUAUCAUUCAAUAUUGAAUGUUCAUGCACAAGAUUUGAAUAUUCAUACACAAGAUUUGCAAUAUUACAUUGCACUUUGAUAUUUAAAAUGAAUUUGCUUGUAAGUGAGCUUCACCCCAGUUAUUUAACUCCGGCGUGUGUGUGUGUGUGUGUUUUGGGGGUAUGUAUGUCAUUUGUUGAAAAGUGAAAAACUCAUACUUUCCUUGUAAAGCAGUAGAGUGUGCUAUAAAGAAAUAACUGUUCUCUUGAUUGUGAGUCCAAACCCAGCCUUUUAAACUAAUGUUAACUGAAGGCUUUAAUCUUUUUACCUGCUGUGUGUCUGUGAAAUCUGGCUCAUGUGAAACACUAUAUUGUAUAUGUGGGAGAGAUAAGUAGUUUGACAUGACAUCUGUGAGGGGCGCGUUCAAGUCUAACUCGGGACUUUUGAUUGUGCAAAAUAAUUAGUUACAACAGUAAUUACUGCUUUUCUUUCCCUAUAUAAUCUCCUUUUACACUAAUGCACUAAUCCCAGAGUUUUCUCAGGACACUUGAAACAUGAUUUUGAUGUGUUUUCUUUGAUUGAUUGUGUGAAUGGGUGUGUGAGUGUGUGUAUGUGUGUGAGCCCUGCGAUGGAUUGGCGCCAUGUCCAGGGUGUACCCUGCCUCGUGCCCUAAGCCUCCUGGGAUAGGCUCCAGGUCCCCGCGACCCUGAAUACAGGAUAAAGUGGUAUAGAAGAUGACUGAGUGAGAGUGAUUUUUAGGAACCAGACAUUCAGAGAGAUGAUUCUAAGCCACCUCGGUCGGGAUUAUCAUUCACAGAUCUAUGGCCUUUUUUAAAACGUUCAGAUGUUUUACUGCAGCUAAAAGUCUCUGGAAAUGUCUUUAUUCACGAGAAAUGUCAUUACAAAUCCCGAUUUGACUUGAACGCCCCUGGUAGUACAUUUAAAUUGAAGCUGCAGUCAGCAGUUUAAAACAUUUAAGUUUUUCUUUAUUUGCCUUUAUAAAAAAUACCUUAAUCACCGUAAUCCAAUAGUUGGACAAUGUGAAAAAUGUUUGAUUUUUAUUUUAAUUUAAAUAUGAAAAAAUAAAACUGCUUCUUGUGUUACAUGGUACAGUGUUCCAAUGAAUAGCCAUUUUCUGAAUGGUGUGAGUGGUAAUAAGUCUCCAUUUAAUCUAUGUAGUUCAUAUGAAACCCUUGUGAAAUCUUAAUACAGAAGCAAGCACUGAUUAAACAUUAUAUUUAAAAAAUGACAAUACUGUUUUUGACCUAAUAUAAAAUAAUUGCUUACAUGUUUCUAUUUUAAAUUAAUUAGCCUCACAUUUGUAUUUUGGUAUACUUUAUCUUGGAAAAUUUGUAAAUGCAAUAAUUUCUAGUGUGGGUUUAUGCCUUAUACUGUAUGCAUCAGGCAUCAUGUGUAUAGGUUGUCCAUCCGUCUAUAAAAGAUACGCGCUACUGUAUUGCUAAAAAUUGUUGGUUGAAUUUUUGUAGCAUUUAAAUGGAAUUAUCAUUGUAAAUAACAUAUCUAAUUAUCUGAGUUUUUUUAAUUUACUUUUUUCACAUUUUUUUGUACACUCUGUCUACUUUAUUAGGAAUACCUGUACAACUGCAGUUAUGUGAUCCAAUCAUGUUGCAGCAGUACAAAACAAACAUCAUGCAGAUACAAUUCAAGCAUUUGAAUAAAGGAAAAGUUUGAUCUCUGUGACUU